CCUUCCAAGCAGCAAAAACACAAGCAACCAAAACCAAAACCCAAUCCGAAACCAUGAAUAGAGUGAUUCUACUGCUAGCUUUGGGUCUGGCCAUCUGCCAGGCGGUGCCUCUGGCAGUGUCCUACGACGAUGAGGAUGACACGGAGGUGGUGGAGCUGCCGGGAAAUGGAAUUGAGGAGGAGGCACCACCCGUCCUGGGCAAGGACAUCAUCGAUCUGACGCCCCUGGGCGCAUCGCUGUACGGGAAACCAGACCAGGAGCUGACUGCUAAACUAGUGGGCAACUUCAGUGCGGAAUCCGAUCAGGUGAAUCCCGAGGAGCUGGGCAGCUACCUGGAGGGCGACAUGCUCGUGCCACAGACGGAUCUGGAUCUGAUCAUGAAGAACGGCCUGCCCACCCAGUCCUCACGCUGGCCCCGUGGCGUGGUGCCCUACGAGAUCCGCGGCAACUUCAAUGCCCGCGACAGGACCACCAUCGAGAACGCCAUUGCAGAGUACCACCGCCGCACCUGCAUCCGCUUCGUGCAGCGCAGCUCCCAGCGCGACUACAUCUCCAUUGUGAGCGGCAGCUCCGGCUGCUGGUCGUCCGUGGGCCGCGUCGGCGGCAAGCAGGAGGUGAAUCUCCAGAGUCCUGGAUGCCUCAGCCGCCCCGGCACGGCCAUGCACGAGCUGAUGCACGCCUUGGGCUUCCUGCACGAACAGAACCGCAUGGAACGCGAUGGCUACGUGGCCAUCCAGUACGGCAAUGUGCAGUCGUCGGCGAUGAACAACUUCGAGAAGGCCGCCCUCACCGAGGCUUUUGGCGUGCCCUACGACUAUGGCAGUGUGAUGCACUACUCGAAGAACGCCUUCUCCAUCAAUGGACAGCCCACCAUUGUGCCGAUGCAAGCCAAGGGUGCCGAUCAAAUGGGCCAGCGCAAUGGCUUCUCCGACCUGGACAUACAGAAGCUCAACCGCAUGUACGAUUGUGGAUCGGUGGGUGCUGGUCCCUCCUUCCCAACCUCGAAUAUCCCUUCUACCGGUGCUGCGUCUGCACCUGCUCCCGCUGCUGGCAGCGGAAAUCCAAUUGUGGACAGCUUUCUUGGUGGCCUCAUCAGCGGCUUGGGUCUCGGAGAGGAGGAGGAGGAGCAGAAGCAGGCAUCCACCCAGAAGUAGGACAAAUGAUCCAAGAACCAAUGAACCAAAAGAAUCUACUAGCUCUAACGAAUCAUCAACGCUCGAAACUAUUUAAUACA